AUGGUGACUGGUGGAAAUCAGGAACAAAGCCAGGAAGGAAAUCAGGAGGCCAGCUUGGUUGGACAAGGUGGAGAGAAAAAACUUUGCCACGCCCAAAGCCAGCAGGAGGUGGUGGCGGCCCAAGCGAGGCAGAGGGGCUGCGCUGAUUCCCCCGCAGCUGCAGGGGCUCUCCGAUGCAAGCCUGCACCUCCUCAGGCCGCCCUGGAGGCUUGGCCAAAGAAGACUCCGAUCAUCAGGUUCCGAUGUCUCAAACAAGAAUCCGAUUCAGCUUCUGAUUUCUCGAGCAAGAAUCUGAUUUGGGAGCUGGAGAGUCGGGAGGCAGGAGUGGCCUGGUGGGCAAACGCAGCCAGAAUCCGGAGCUUGAACGGCUGUCAAGCCCCUGCCAAGAUGCUCAAAAUAAGUCACAAAUUUGGAAGCAUUGGAUGCAGUGUAGACCAAUUGGGACGUGAAUUUGCUAUACUUAAAAAAUGGGAAGUAGACGGAAUUACUUGCAUUUUAAUUACAAGUACCUCCAUCCUUAAGGAAUCAGCUAUUGCUGCCUCUCAAGCACUGGUACAGAACUACCUGGUCUUUACCUACGAGGGGACUGCCUACGCCACAACGCCUUGCACUUGUGAAGUAUUCAAAGGUAUGAGGUCCUCUGAAGCUGUAAGAGAUGAUUCUAUCCUAGCAAGCUUUUCUAAAUCAGGCACAAACUGGCUAAGCCAAAUCUUAACUGACCUGAUAGCCAUAUCUCAAAAGAAAACACCAGGUAGUGAAAGCAGUGUGAAUGCUGAAGAACCAGAAGAAUUCCCCUACCUUGAAGCUGGAGAUGCUGAAAAAUAUGAGCGAAUGACCAAAUUACUUUCUCCAAGAUUUAUGGUUACUCAUCUCCGUCCUGAAAAUCUUCCACAAUCUAUCUUCAAAAACAAUGCCAAGGUGAGUGCUGAUUUUAAUGUAUUAAAGAAGGGAGUCUUACAAGAUGUGGCCUGGGGAUGCUAUUUUGAAUACCUUUCUGAAUGGAACAAAUAUGCUGACAAAGAAAAUAUUAUGACAAUAACUUACGAAGAGAUAAAAGAGGUAAGGUUAAGAAUAGUUACAAAUACUUUAUACUUCAAGGGACUUUUUUUCCGGAACCAAUACACCAUUAUAUAUGCAGGGUAUCCAAGAGUUUGUUCCUGCUUUUUUGAAGGUGGUGUAAGUGACUGGAAGAAUCUUUUCAGUGAAGAUCAGAAUGAGAAAAUGGACAAAGCAUUUGAAGAACAUAUAGCAGGAACGACACUCGGGAAAAAGCUGAAGUAUGACUUAUACUGCAAAGUCUGAAGAGAAAUGAAAUGUGGUUACAUGUUAUGAGAGCAAGAACUGUGCAAGGCAGACUCAGAUCAUCUGAAUGCUAUACACUGGAAAACUAGAUCAAAUGAUCCAAGCACCUUAGAAUUACUGUAAGAGUCAUUG